AUGACGCUGAUGAUGGUGAUCACGAUCAUGACAAUGCCGACGGAUUCGCCACCACCGACUGCCAUUACACAAGUCAAGAAGAUCAGGGAAGUACCUACCCGCUAUCAAGCAUACUCGACUCUUCGGGGUCGCACUUCGCUGGGCUCCAAGCCGAGCAACAAUUGUGCUGAUGGCAGCAGUCAUCUGUGA